AUGUACCGCGCUGAUUAUAGAGCUGGACUGCUGCGCAGAUCGGGAUCCAAGGCUGAAACUUUACAGUCGGGCAACUUGAAAAAUGCUCAGGGUGGCGCCUCGGUGCAGCCGGGCCGCGAUCCACGCCAGCUUUCGAGCAGCGAUCUGCUCAGCCUCGCAAGCAAGGAACAGGCAGCUCGCCAGUCAAAAGUUGGAAAAGGACCUGAGGAGCGCAUUUAUGAGGUGAUGCUUCGGCAGGAGCUAGAGUCUUUUGUUCGUUUGACCGCUUCAGCGCUUCGUCUAGAGGAUGAGGAGCUGGUUGAGGUUGAUUCUGAGGACUCUUCAGAACAAGAGACGGCUCUGAGCAAAGACGCUGCCGAGCCUGCGCCUAGCCGUGUCCUUGUAGGAACGUUGAGCGAGAGCGUGCUGCCCCCGGUGGCUGGCACGGCUUCUGCACAGAGUGCGGCCUCGGCCUACAAUGCCUCGCGGCUGCGAGUCGGGAUCAUCGGAUGUGGGCGUAUCGGCCAGGUUCAUGCGAAUAACUUGGCGAACCGCGUGCCGAACGCUGCGCUUGUAGCUGUGAGUGAUGCCAUUGAGGAUGCUGCCCGACGGGUUGCGGCGCGUUUCCACGUCCCCAUCUGGUACACGAAUGCGGAGGACUUGGUGCAUGACCCUAGAGUGGACGCCGUGGUCAUCUGUUCGCCGACGGACACCCACGCACCGCUUAUGAAGGAGUGCGCGCGCUAUGGGAAGCACGUUUUCUGCGAGAAGCCGAUUGCACUCGGCCUUGAUGUGAUCGAUGAUGCGCUGGCAACACUGGACGCUGCGAAUGCGGACGUCAAAGAGCUGCGACUUCAAGCAAAACGCCCGAGCCUGUUCGUCAGCGGCGAGACUGGACUUGACAAUCUAAGCCUGGCACAAUUCGAGCAUGAUCGCCGGCUGCGUCGACUGCAACGCUCAGGCAUCCAGCUGAUGGUUGCUUUUCAGCGCAGAUACGAUCAAAACUUCCAACGUGCGCGCCUUGCCCAUGACUCCGGGUUUCUCGGGAGGCCACUCAAGCUACACCUUGUGUCGAGGGAUCCUGCGCCGCCACCGCUCGCCUAUCUCAAAGUCUCUGGCGGCAUCUGGCUCGACCAGGCGAUCCACGACUUCGAUAUGGCUCGAUUUCUGCUUAAGUCAGAGCCCGUCGAAGUGUUUGCCAUGGGCCUUUGCUGCGAACCGAGUAUAGCGGAAAUCGGGGACUGCGAUCACGUCAUGACUCAGGUGCGCUUCGCAAACGACGCAAUUUGCGUCAUCGACAAUUCGCGAUCGACUCCGCAUCAGGCGUAUGACCAGCGCGCGGAGCUCUUUGGAACCGAGGGCUGCAUCACCGUCGGCAACGAGUAUCCCAACACUGCUGAGUAUAUGGAUGUGAUUGGACAGCACCGGGACAAACCGUUGAACUUUUUCAUGGAACGUUACGCGGAGGCUUAUCUGCAGGAGAUGCUUGCCUGGGUGCAGCACCUGGUAGAGAUUCGAGCAGGCGGCGCCCGCAAAGCCGAAGCGGGAACGGAUGCGGGUACGCCUGCUUUGCCGUUGCCGUCGGGCUUCGACGGCCGCAUCGCCGUGGUUAUGGCCAUGGCCGCUAGACGUUCCUUCGAACUCAAAAGACCGGUACGCAUCACGGAAAUUGACCCGAGCCUGGAGCCGAUCAUCGAAGCAGCUCGCACGCGUGCUGUUUAA